GAACACAGGCUGUGCCUUCACCUUCAGCCAUCUUAACCAUGUUGGGAGCUGUGGGACGCUGUUGUUCUGGGGCUCUUCGUGCUUUAAAGCCUGGAGUCAGCUCAAAAAUCUUAAAUGGGACACAGGCAUCUCUUUCUUCUUGCCGGGGAUAUGCUGCCCCGGCGGCCCAAGCUGCUUUAGCCAAUGGGCGCAUAGUGGCUGUUAUUGGUGCUGUGGUAGACGUCCAGUUUGAUGAAGGCCUACCUCCCAUUCUCAAUGCUCUGGAGGUGACGGGCCGUGACAGCAGGCUGGUCCUGGAAGUCGCACAGCAUCUAGGUGAAAACACUGUCAGAACAAUAGCUAUGGAUGGUACUGAGGGUCUGGUCAGGGGCCAGCAGGUUCUUGACACUGGAGCCCCCAUUAGAAUCCCUGUGGGCCCCGAGACUCUGGGUCGGAUCAUGAACGUCAUUGGAGAACCUAUUGAUGAGAGGGGCCCAAUUAAUACCAAACAAACCGCUCCUAUUCACGCUGAAGCCCCAGAAUUCACUGACAUGAGUGUAGAACAAGAGAUCCUGGUGACUGGCAUUAAGGUGGUGGAUCUCCUGGCUCCUUAUGCCAAGGGUGGAAAAAUUGGACUAUUUGGGGGUGCAGGUGUAGGUAAGACUGUAUUGAUUAUGGAGCUUAUCAACAAUGUGGCCAAAGCUCAUGGUGGUUACUCAGUAUUUGCUGGCGUCGGAGAACGCACUCGUGAAGGAAAUGACUUGUAUCAUGAAAUGAUUGAGUCAGGUGUAAUCAAUCUCAAGGACACAACUUCUAAGGUAGCGCUGGUGUAUGGUCAGAUGAAUGAACCUCCAGGUGCUCGUGCCAGAGUGGCUCUGACAGGCCUGACUGUUGCCGAAUACUUCCGUGAUCAGGAAGGGCAAGAUGUACUUCUCUUCAUUGACAACAUUUUCAGAUUCACUCAGGCGGGCUCUGAGGUAUCUGCCCUUUUGGGUCGUAUUCCUUCUGCUGUAGGGUAUCAACCCACUCUAGCCACUGACAUGGGUACUAUGCAAGAGAGGAUUACCACUACAAAGAAGGGCUCGAUCACCUCUGUGCAGGCUAUUUAUGUACCAGCUGAUGACUUGACUGAUCCUGCUCCUGCUACAACCUUUGCUCACUUGGAUGCCACCACUGUGCUGUCCCGUGCUAUUGCUGAGCUGGGAAUCUAUCCAGCUGUGGAUCCCCUGGACUCAACCUCCCGUAUCAUGGAUCCCAACAUAGUUGGAGCAGAACAUUAUGAUGUAGCACGUGGUGUACAGAAAAUUCUUCAGGACUACAAAUCCCUGCAGGAUAUCAUUGCCAUUUUGGGUAUGGAUGAACUAUCUGAGGAAGACAAGCUGACAGUAGCUCGUGCUCGCAAAAUCCAGCGCUUCCUGUCUCAGCCGUUCCAGGUAGCUGAAGUCUUCACAGGCCACAUGGGCAAGCUAGUGCCUCUGAAGGAGACCAUCAAAGGCUUCAAAAGCAUUCUAGGAGGUGAAUAUGAUGCACUGCCAGAGCAAGCCUUUUACAUGGUGGGUCCAAUUGAAGAAGUUGUUCAAAAGGCAGAGAAAUUGGCAGAGGAACACUCAUAAACGCUAACCAGGCUAUAGGAACUUUUGUACAGUCAUUUCCCAAAAUAUAUAAAAUGUUUUUUUUUUCCUGUGUGUAAACAUAUUAAAGUAUAUUGUAAUAUA